UUUUCAACCCAUCGGAAAAUUCUAAUUUAUCGUAAAGAAGUGCUGAGUUUUCGACUAAAACUAUCCGCAAACGGUAGUUGGCGUGCUGCUGCACGCUUUUCACUAGAAUUUCGUCCCGUGCGCGAUGGAUUUCGACAGGAAAAGUGAAUUUUUCACUUGGCCUCAAAAGUGAAGUUUCCAUACAGCACCCAUCAUUGGAGCAAUCAGACAAAAAAGAAAUCAAUCGAACGAGAAGAAGAAAACAGCAGCAACAGAAGCAGAAACAAAAACAGCAACAACCAGUGGCAAUCAAACAACACACGAGGCGUGAAAAAAACAAGAAAGGAAAGUGGGGGGAUUUCUCCCAGUGCAACGGCGCUCGAUCGGCUAGACAGCUGCUGCUGCAGCGACGAUUGUUCGUUCUUUGUUUUAGUUUGGGUGGAGUCCUGGUCAAGGUUAUGAAAUGAAUUUCGGCACGUCUGGAAGCGUGGAGUUUCACUUCCGGGCACUCCCGUAUCUGGACAAGAAGUGGUUGAAGGCGGAUGUCGGUUCGGCAUUGCGUUGUUCGGAGGAUUUGUCCAAUCUGUGGAACCACCUGGUGCAGGAUGAGGAAGUGGUUACGUGCAAACUGCAAACGUCGGUCAAUGCGUCCGGGGAUGUCGCUUACGUCCGACCGGACGGGAAGUACUACUGCGGUGUUCAAUCGUUGAACUGUUCGUGCUGUAAGGGAAUAUGUAGUGCCACUUCUAAUUGCUGCUGUGCCGCCUGUCAGUUGCUGGAGACGGACGAACCCGGUCCCACUAAGAAAGGGUCCUGUUCGGCUGCGCUGCAGCAGCCGGGCCAGCAGAAUUCAAAUGAUUCCGUCGGGUGCUGCUCAACGACAAUGCUGGAGUCUUGGCUGUGGAGUCCAAUUCCAACUAUGGAAGAGAAGCGCGCCUGCACCAAAAAGCUGAUAGCCGAACAAAGGGAAAUCUGUCUGCAGGCAGCGGCAAACUGUUUGUCGUCUACGCGUACGAAACAGCUCCUGUACGUGUACCGGAGGUACUUUAUCGCAUUGCAAAGGUGCAAACUGGAUGAAAAAGUCUCAACAGAUGACGGACGUUUCAAGCUGAGUCAAGAAGUUCUGGUGGCAAGCGACCAUGAAGCGGCAAAAUUGAGCAAAAACUCCAGCUUCGAUCGCACGCCAAUGAAGGACUGUGACAAGGCCACGUUCGGUUUGGCUCGCGUCGGAACGCGUGCAGCGUUAAAUUUCUCCUUCGCUUUUUUGCGCCGUGCCUGGCGCUCGGGCGAAGAUGUCGAACUUUGCAGUGAGCUGCUCUCGGAAGCCCUAGAAGCCCUGCAAACCCUACCGGAAGCAUCACUCUUCGAUACCUCUCAGAUGUCUUCGCUUUGGAUCGAAGUGGUAGAAAAGUCGAUCAAAUUUUUGCGCCAGGUAGUGCUCGGCGAUGUGAUGGGCGGUCGCUGUCUGGUACCGAAAGCGGAUCGCCACAUCGCACUGAACUUGCUGCUUGAGCUGGGAGCCCAAAAGGGAACGCUGGGUGGUUCGCUGGAAGGAAUCUCACUGCUGUUGACGUUGCACGAAAAGGAUCUGGAGAGUGAAGACAAUCGAAGCCCACCGCAGAACAGCGGAGCACCGCUCGUUCCGCUGUUGAAACGCUACGAACAGAUCGGUAGUUUCGCGACGUACAAUGCCGGGGAUUCGUUUCACUUUGGACCGACGGAAUCGUUUCUUCGGUUUCUUACGCUGCCGGAAAACGAGACCACUGACGUGGAUUUGAAGCAAGCUGCGGUAAUUAUCAUAAGCCACCUGGAUCGGUUAGCUAAGCCGCAUUUGCCGGCCGGAAAUUAUUCGGUGAAGGCAAUCAACAAAUGCCAUCAGCAGAAAAUUUUCACUCUCGGUUGGAGUUCCUGUUCGCCGGAGAUGUAUGGAUUCACGUCCGAGACGGCUAGCAACGGGACGAGUCAGCUCUUCGGAUCGGCUCCUCGCUAUUCAGCCUCGACGAUCGAUCUUCCGCUUGCUCUGCAAGCGAAACAGAUUGUUUGUACGGAAAAUAGUAUCUACAUUCUGACGACCAACGGUCAGAUUCUGUUGCUGCAUUCGAACUGUACGGAGAAUAUUACGCCGAAAGCGGUGGAAGGACUGGAGGGAGUGAAUGUUGUGCAGAUUGCCGCUCACUGCGAGGGAAGGCACGUGCUAGCGCUGAGUUCAGCUGGUGAGAUUUGGUCGUGGGGUGUGGGUGAGGGCGGUAGAUUAGGGCACGGUGAUACUUCGUCGAAAGAAAUUCCUGCUCGGAUUGUGGCACUUGUGGAGAAGCAAAUUAGUGCGAUUUUCUGUGGUGCGUCCUACAGUGCGGCGAUUACCGCCAACGGGGAACUAUAUACGUGGGGUCGAGGAACGUACGGUCGACUGGGUCACGGUAAUUCGGAUGAUAAAUUCAUUCCGAUGCAGGUGCAAGCGUUGAAAUCCUACACGGUUGUGGAUGUGGCGCUUGGCAGUGGCGAUGCUCAUUCGAUGUGUGUCACGGAUGGUGGUUUGCUGUUCGCUUGGGGCGAUGGAGAUUUUGGAAAGCUUGGGAAUGGUUCAUGUAAUGGAUCUCCCGUUCCGGUACAGGUUGAAGGUGUGGCGAAUGUAGCUAGAAUUUUCUCCGGGUCGCAGUUCAGUGUAGCGCUUAGUUACGAUGGUAAAUUGUACAGUUGGGGAAAAGGGCAUGGUGGACGGCUAGGUCACGGCAAUUCAGAACAUUCCAACGUUCCGCUAUUGAUUCACACCCUGGAGGGGAGGAAAGUCGUUGACGUUGCGGUGGGUUCCGCACACUGCUUAGCAUUGACGAAUUCUGGAGAACUUUACGGCUGGGGUAGGAACGAUUACCAGCAAAUAUGCCCGUCUUGUGUUUCUCGGGAUCCGAUUAUUCAAAGUCCGAUUCUUACGACGCCUCCAACGUUGCGGAUCUCCGGAAUGGCCUGCGGAGCAGCCCAAAGUAUCGUCUGGUGCCACUCAUCUACACUGGGCGUAGCAGCGAAGAUUCCAUUUGUGGUGGACCUUAGCGACCAUACAUUCCGAAUGCUCGAUCAGCUUCUUUGCAUGGUGUGCAACACUCAAACCGGCCCCGGAGACAUCCGACAUCCACCGAGCCAGGAAGCGGAAUGCGUCGCGGUGGCUUCUUUGAAUCUCCUACGACUGCAACUGCAUGCAAUGAUAGUGAAUAACGUCUCCGCUCGGCAAGUAGGUCUAGUGGAGGGCUCACGACUGCUUGCCAGCCUCAAAUCUCGAAUUCUCGGGCUAGCCGGAGGUCCUGUGAUUCUCAAAACUAUUCAAGAAGCCGCUCAGUGGACCCUUCAGGUUGGCUGGUCCAUACUUUUACCAACGGCUUCAGAACGCGCCCAAACGCUAACCUCGCUGCUCCCGGCCGGUCACGACACAACCACAGCUAGCAACAGUUCCGGCCAUCGCUUCAUGACUGAUCUCCUCGUUGGCUCAUUAAUGGCCGAAGGAGGCCUGCAGACUGCACUCAAUCAGGCCAUCAACGCUCAACGCUCGCAAGACUGCACUUCCACUGGGACCCACUUGUCACUAUUGCAUUUACUCAAACAGCUACUUCGUAAUAAUUCCAGCUUAACGCAAGCUCGACUAGGUCAGCUAAUGCUUGGACCAUAUCUUAAGACUGAGGAAGCCUUUUCCUCUCCCGAACCGCCAUCGCCUAGCCUCGAUCUGCUGCAUAAGUUCCAACGACUUCUACUGUCCUACAUGCACCAGUCCAAAACGGAUGAUCUCAGCGGUGCGGAAGCCCUUCUCGACACGUACAUCCAACAGGUGGUAACGGCCUGUGUGACCACCCUAAACAAGGCCCACGAAACUAUCCUACAGGGCAAAGAUGGGGUUCCAGAUAUUCUCAAAAAUGACAUUUCGGAUGCUCUCCUGCACGAACUACUGAUAGGUUUAGUUCUGAUCCAGCGAGAAAAGUCUUUCUUUCUGUCGUCAUUCGAUUGGAACAAACACUUCAUACCGCUGCUGCACGCUUUAGACAAUUUCAACCGGCUAACGCACGAAGGGGAAGUAUUCGAUUCCGAUGACAUGGGAUGGCCGGGAAUAAUCUGUCGCGGAGCGACAAAAGCCGGCCUUCCGGUUCAAGAGGAAACCCUCCUCAUCCGUCAGAGUGAUAUCGAAAAUCACUGCAACGACGGUGGCCACUGGGUGAUCAUCAACGGGAACGUGUACGACGUAAAAGACUAUCAAGCGGAAAGCCCUGCGACUCAGGAAAUUCUCACCGCCAACGCCGGCAAGGACAUCUCGCUGGAAAUCAGCAACCCACAGCAUAGGACUGCACUAGAGUUUAUCACAUCGUUCCUGCGAGUUGGCCGCUACGCAAUCAAUGAAAUUUGCGACAAGGAAAGUCCCCGUCAAAUGACCACCCUCACUCAUUUCCACUCCGAGUGCAUGCUCUCGUACCUGCUCGGACUGCGGUGCAGCGUUCUACAGGCCGGAUCCACCCUUCAACCAGCGGAAACUCAGUGUAAAAACCUUCUAAACUCCAUUAUUCUAAGCGGAGGCCUGCAAGUGCUACAGCCGAGCAAUCCGUUCGACGAGGAAAAAGGUGAAGCUCGGAGCAGUGGUUCUACCGCCGGUAGCACUCCCACCGAUGCCUCCAGCCAGAUACCGAUCGCGGACGUACCGCAGAUGGCAAACUGGCCGUCGGUGCUGAUUUCACAUCGCGUCGAGAAUAUGCUGUCCAAUCUGGGCGAAGGUAAGCUUACCGAUCCGUUGGUAGCCUCGUGGAUCGCUAUCUGCGAACGGUACUGCAAGGAGCACCAUCUGAUUUGGCAUCAGGAAUUUCCCCCGGAACAUCCGGUAAUGGAGCUGGAACGACUGCUGAUGGCCGUGCUGAUUCGGCACCAAAAUCUCGGGCCGCUGGCGCUUGCCGUCGUUGAUCGAGAGCUCAGCGGUAACUGCUCGAAACCGCCGCAACCGAUCGUCAACAUCAUCAAGAUCGUCCACCAGACGAAGUGGGCCAUCGUCAAGAUGCGCCAGCAGCUGAACCGCAGCUACAAGGAGGUGUGCGCACCGAUGAUCGACAAAUGCCGCUUUCUGCUGUACGAAAUCCGACCGGCCAUCAGCCUAGAACAGCAUGGCCUUGCCAACCUACACAUUCUACACAAGCUGCCCCGGUUCAAAGCGCUGGUCUAUCGAAUUAUUGCCGACAUACGGGCCGCCAAGAAGCAGCUGGCCACCGCCAAACCGGAAGACAUCCUAAACGUUACGAUCCAAAGUCAGUUCAGCAGUUCGAUCACCAAAAUCCAAUCGCAGGAGAAUCUCAGCUGUAAGAAUCUCUCCACCGAAAAUCUAGUCCACGAGAGUUUGAUCAAGGUAGAAAGUCUCGAAAGUUUGACGGCGGUCGCUGCCCGGGACCGUUCCUCUUCGCCGGUGGUACUAGCCGUCCAGAAGCACGCAGCAUCCGACGAAAACCUACUGAGUGUCGGUAGCAUAGAAAAUGCUGCGGCCAACAACUGUACCACCGGAGGUGGAGUAAUUAUAGGCGGAGGUGGUGAUGGUGGUGGCGACAAAAAGAUUUCCCUCACGAGCGAUGAAAUCAAAACACCCACCAAUGAGUUAAUCGAUUACAAUAGUUCUAAAAUGAAGAACCCGGAUGGAGGUGACGAAUUCAUCAACAACGUGAUCGCUAGUUUGAGUGAAAAAUGUCUGCUCGAGUCGUAUCCUUCGGAGUUCAAGAACGGUGUUAGCCAGCAGAUUGUGGAUUUUAUUCUGUACGAUCUGUGCGAUGUUGAGACGCUACGGCGGGCGAUGUACUGCCAGAUUCAACGCUACCAGAUUCGCAAGCAAGGCCUGGAGAUGUUCUACGAACUGCUGAAGAUUGUGGGACUCUUCGAUGCGGCACAGUAUAACCUAUUCAACGGAUAUUUGGGACUGCACGCUGCAAAAGAAUGCGAUCAGAAUGAGAAGUACAUUUUGGAAAACUUGAAUAUGAUAACCGCCUUCCAGAAGGCGGACAUUUUGAUUGCACAGGCAAAGAUCAUUGAGUGGAGCGUAGCGGAGCUGCAAAAGUAUGUCAAUCAGGAGAAGAUCAACGGGCGACAUCGCAAUCACGGCGAGAAGGACAAUUCCAAUUUGGGCACGUACGUGUUUCUGAAAAAGCUGCCGAGAGCUAGGUUUUUGCUCAGUAUUUUCGGUAUUCUGUCGAAAACAUACGAAGCGAACGAGCUCAGUCUACUGAUCAAUUCCGGAGUUUUGGGAAGCAUAAUGGGACUGCUGAGGCAAACCGGAGCCGACCUGCCGAACACUCGGAAUAAUACGGAUAUUUCGGUCAUAUACGAAGAUGUGGUGAAGAAUCUUAAAUCGGCCAAAGAAGCAUUGCCCGGGCCGGAAUUAGCGAAGCUAAUGAAAAUCGGCACGAGGAUCGCCCGUGGAGCUGACUGGAAAUGGGCCGAGCAGGAUGGACCAGGUGGAGAAGGAAGGAUCAUUAGUGAAAUCGGUGAAGAUGGAUGGGUUCGCGUCGAGUGGGACAACGGAUCGACCAAUUCGUACCGCAUGGGCAAGGAAGGCCAGUACGAUCUGCGGCUGGCGGACAGUGCUCUGAAAGCGCUUUCACCGGACAAGGACAGCGAGCCGGACGAACUGGCAGAUCCCCAAAUGUACAGUGAAUCGCAUCCGACCAAAUUGCUGCGCAACGUUUGCAUCAAAACGUUGCACAUGAUGUUUACCUCGGCCGGGAUGCACGCCGACCGGAUGCAGGAGAAUUCACUGCGCAGCGUAGCUUCCAUGUUUCGAGCCAUCCUAACGAAUCGGGUUACCAAUUAUAACUUUGGGCUGGAACAGUGGACGACGCUCGGGUUUUUGAGGGCCAUCUCUUCGUCCAAGGCUUUGUCGAAACAGCUCACCUCGCCGGUUUGGAUCGAUUUGGCUUUUGAGGUGCUUAAUGCGGCUAUUACGUGCAAGAAGGAUGUCUAUAAGAAGUUGCACUGUUUGCGUUUGCUGCAAUCGACGUUGGUUAACUGGGGUCAAACGGAAGCCGGUAGAGUGGAUGACAUUAUUGUUAAAUUGUUUGAGGUGCUCGGACGGAUCAGUUUAUAUUGUCCGAAUGAUCUUUCGCUGUUGAACAAUUCGGUUGAUGUGAAGUCUAGGGUGUUGUACAGUGCUUCGCACACGGGAACGAUUGGUGAGGAAAUAAUCGUACUCAUAAGAAAGCUGCAUACGUUGCCUCUGUGGAAUGAGAACAUCAAUUCGUUUAUUGCCCAGAAGCUUUGUUUGGUUGCGGAUGUGUUCCUGGUUAAUGAACUGGAGAUAAAUUUCGAAGGGGAAAAGUCUGCCAUCAUGGGAACUUUGUGUACGAUUGGAGGUUGUGAUUCACGUCCUCGACUGGGAUUGAAUUUAACACUGGAUGGGGUUCGGGGAACCAUCUCCCGGAUGACCAAGAAGGGAAAAGUUGUGAUGAACGUUCAUUCACUGGCCGACAGUAAAAAGAUUCCGAUCUUCAAGGUAUCCGAGUGUGCUGACAUUGGGGCGUUCAGUCUUUCGAAGCUAACCAUCAACGAAAUGCUGCUGAAUUCGUGGGCUGUUCUGUUCUAUGGCAUCGGUCAAACGCCGAUGAAUGUUACCAACAGUAUUAAUACGCAACUUUUGCUGACGCAGCAAAUAAAUUUCUCCGCCUUAAAGGCAACCAAAGUGCUAUUUCGACACCAAAGUUUGUUAAGAAAAAUCUUGCGUCAAAGAUCGCCAGGAAUUACUCGCAGCUCCUCGAAGGAUAGCCUAUCGGAUCGGGAUGCUAGUCCCGAGGACGGAAAAAGUCGCAGCGAAUCCAACACGUCGGACGAAUCCAAUACCUAUACGGAACUGUUGAUUCAAACCAUGCUAAUCCGAGCGACUCAACCUAGCCCACUGAAAGCUUGCUACUCGUUCCAAGAGAUGGAGCUAGCGGCUUUAAACAUUACCCAAAUGCUUGCCAGUUACGUGCACAAUGACAUGAACGCUCCGGCGGGUUCCAACAAGCGUGCUCUGCCCCUCAGCAUGCCGACGAUGAUCCACGGCGUUCCGUUGUACAACCAUGAAUCCGGCUUGGAAGAUGCACAGACGCCAUCCGGAGCGGAAGUGGCGGCUACCUUGUCGGUUGCCAGUGGAGGAGGUCCACCCGGAAUCGGUUGCAAUCGAGGAACAGCCCGACGAAGUCCUCCCGGUCCACUGGUGGCGCAGAUUAUGGAGAUGGGAUUCACCCGGAAAUCGGUGGAGACGGCAAUCAAAAGUUUGACGCUGCACACCAAUAUACGACCAACGGCCGAGCAGGUCGUUCAGUGGAUCUUAGAGCAUCCGGAUGUCACGGCAAAUCUCGGUGGAAAGGGCGAUGAUAACGAUGCCCACAGUGAUACGGAAAGUGUCAGCUCGGAUACGAUGGAGGGCAGCUCGUCGUUGCAUGAUUCCCAGCAUGUCAUCUACAAGUUGCGGGAUGAUUUCAAAACGGCCGAUCAGUAUGCCAUGUACGUUAGAGGGUUUAUUUGCACGGGAAUGCUCGUCCGAUGCUGCCAGGACUUUGAGGAAGUUCGAAAGGGUGAAAUCGGAACGGUUCUGAAGGUGGAACCCGAAGGACUGCAUGAUUUGAACGUCCGAGUUGACUUUCAGUUGCACGAUCGACCGUACUGGAUGCGUUUUGGACACUUGGAAAUGUUGGAGGCACCCUGCUCGGAGAACAGUUCCACGAUUAGCGUUGGAUCGCAGGUUAGAAUACGCCAGAGUCAGCAUUUUCGGUAUCGAUUGAACACGGUGCCGCGAGGUAGCGUUGGAACAGUGAAUACCAUCAAUGGUAACGAAGUGACCGUGGAAUUCCCCAACCAGAUCGGGUGGAAUGGACAUCUGAGCGAGCUGGAAUUGGUAUCGAACGCAUUACACCUGCAGGGAUUGGGCCAAGCUGGAGCGUUGGAAAUAAUAGACGAUUGGUCACGUUGUAUUCGUUCGCUAACAGUUUCUUCUAAUGAAGCGUCCGCUAAAAACCUGCUCGAUCGCAGUUCGAACUACUGGCAGAGUUCAUCCACUCAAGGAAAGCACUGGAUCCGCUUGGAAAUGCACUAUCAAGUGCUGAUUCAAUCGCUCUCGAUAAACGUUGAUCCGGAUGAUUACUCGCACAUGCCAUCGCUAGUUAUCAUUCGGGCCGGCGAUUGUCUGGCUACCCUUAAGGAAAUUCACUGGGUAUCGGUCAAUCCGACGGAUGUCGUUGUUCCACUGCUCAACGAUUGCCGGCAGUAUUACGCCUGGAUCGAAAUUUUCAUCAAACAGUGUCGCAACAAUGGCAUUCAGUGCAAAGUUCAUGGAAUUCAGAUCGUCGGUAAGCGAAGGCCGAAUGAUCUAGAGAUGAUGAUGCAAAAUGCUUCCUUCCUGGCAUCGGACAAUGAUGUAGGUGCCGAGCCGACCUUCACAGCGAAUUUUUCCGAUGAACAAGCAGCGAAUGAAAUCACCUCAAAGGUGCUAGUUUGGGGUCUGAACGAUAAAGAGCAGCUCGGAGGUCUCAAAGGAUCCAAAGUUAAACUACCGACCUAUUCCUCGGUUCUCAGUCAACUAAAACCGAUUCACAUCGCCGGUGGAUCCAAAUCGCUGUUUAUAGUUUCCCAGGAUGGAAAACUGUACGCCUGCGGCGAAGGAACCAACGGCCGGUUAGGGCUAGGACACAACAACAAUGUCCCAACCCCAAGACCGGUUCCGAUUCUAAAUCAGUACGUCGUCAAGAAAGUGGCCGUUCACUCGGGAGGAAAGCAUGCGAUGGCUCUUACUUUGGACGGAAAAGUGUUCUCCUGGGGUGAAGGAGAGGACGGUAAGCUUGGUCACGGAAAUCGCCUAACUUUAGAGAAACCGAAACUAAUCGAAAGCUUACGAACCAAGCGGAUUCGUGACAUCGCAUGUGGAUCUAGUCAUAGUGCGGCGAUUACCAGUUCAGGAGAACUCUAUACUUGGGGUUUGGGAGAAUACGGUCGGCUGGGUCACGGCGAUAACUGCACUCAGUUGAAACCGAAGCUGGUAACUGCUCUACAGGGUCAUCGUGUCACCCAGGUUGCUUGCGGUAGUCGAGAUGCUCAAACGCUCUGCCUCACCGAGGAGGGAUUGGUGUUUUCCUGGGGUGACGGGGACUUUGGAAAGCUUGGCCGUGGAGGAUCGGAAGGAUGCUCCGUUCCGCAUCAGGUCGACCGUUUGAACGGUGUUGGUGUGAUUCAGAUCGAGUGUGGAGCUCAGUUCAGCCUGGCUUUGACCAAAGUCGGCGAAGUGUGGACUUGGGGUAAGGGAGACUACUAUCGGCUGGGUCACGGAACUGAUCAGCAUGUUAGGAAACCUACCCCGAUCCAAGGUCUGCGCGGUAAGAAAGUCAUACACGUCGCCGUAGGCGCACUACACUGCCUAGCAGUAACCGAUAACGGCCAAGUGUUCGCCUGGGGCGACAACGACCAUGGCCAGCAAGGAUCUAGUAACACAGUUGUCAAUAAAAAACCAAAUUUGGUGCUCGGUUUAGAUGGAGUGUUUGUGAACAGGGUUGCCUGUGGUAGUUCACACUCAGUUGCCUGGAGUAUGCCGCAGAACCCUUCGGACCAAGAUAAAGAACAUCCCCUUGCGUUUGCAGUCCACAAAGAUCCCCUGGGAAGCCAUAGCCUUGGAAUACACGCCUCCGAUACGGAACCGACGACUCUGCAACCACCUCUGCUGCCAAUUUUAAGACCACAGCGACCUUCGCUGUCGGAGCGCGUUCUGUCGUUGGAAACCUACGGUGCCAGACAAGCAGCUCUUUCGCACAUUUUGAACGCUAUGAGUAUCCUCCAUGCCAGAUCGUGUAUUAUAGCUGCCCUAACAGGGCACUCGCAGUUAAACUUGCAGCAGGAUAAGGCAACAGAAGGAUACACGGAAACGCGUCCCAUAACUCCCAUAUCGGAUAACGAACUUCACGACGUGAAAGCCGACGCAGAGAUUGUUAAGCAGCAGCAGCAACAGAACGAAGUUAUUGCUCAUGGUGGGGGCGAAGCCCCAGCGGAUGUUUCCGGUUUGACGUCCAACGACAUAAACGAUUAUGACAUUCCGAUCGUAUCCGGCAUGAACAAUACGCUGAGUGCCUACCGGAGCCUGACCGGAUCGCUCUCGCUGUCGGCGUCAAUUUCUAGCUGUAACGCAACGCAGCGCCAGUCGAAGAUGUCCGCAAGCGCUAUGUCCGUGAUGGCUGCCACCAUGACUCAUCACGACGAGAUAAUGAAUGAAGCCACCAUUGCCAACGGACUGGACGACUUCACCGUCCUGCUGGGGGAAACCGAGGCGAAGCAUCUGAUCGAACUGCUAAAACUGAGUGUUAGCGGUCGAACGGGACCGGCGAAAACGUCCGAAACGAUUGCGAACACCCUGAUCGCCUUGGCGCGUAGUAACACGAACGUCUCCAAUAUGCUGAUCGAAACCUGCAUCACCGAGCUGGAGGAUUUGUGCACGUCGAGACACUCGCUGGGCAAACUACCGAAACCGGUGAUGCAGGAAUCGAAUCAUCCGUACAUCGACGAUGUUACGAUAACCGCAGGUCACGUUAAGAUUCCUGGAGCAGAUUAUCUGCGCCUUGAAUUCGAUAGCCAGUGUUCAACGGAGCGGCGAAACGAUCCGCUAGUCAUUUAUGACUGCUUUGGACGGGCCGUAUCGUCCCGUUCGGGUAGAGAGUGGGCCCAAUGGGCUCCGGAUCUUCGACUUCCUGGCGAUGAAAUGCGUUGGAGAUUUCAGAGCGACAGUUCGGUCAACGGUUGGGGCUGGCGUUUCUACGUACAUGCAAUCAUGCCAGAAUCCUACUUGAAGGAGCUGGGAUCCGAUCGAACCAAACUGUCACAACCGUCAAUGUCAAUGGUAAUGGCACUGCUAGAUUCGUCUUUAGUUCCCCACGGAGGAAAUACCCUAGUACGGUUGGCUGCAGCUUUAUCACAAUGCGCGCAGCUCAGUGCCCUUACGGUGGAACAAAGAAUCUGGUCACUCAAAAAGAUGCAUCAAUAUCUCACCAUCAAAGAUGCCCCACGUGCUCUCGAACCAGCUAUGGUUGAAAUUCUAAGCCCACUGAUUCCGAUAGUCCUACGGCAGUACGAGUACGAAGAACCGCAGGUUCGAAGCGGAUUACAUUUGAUGCAUUCUGAAUACUUCAAAACUUUGGUAGCGCUAGCCUGUGACAUGCAACUAGAUUCCCUAUUGCCGCACGGAGAGGCCCACAAGUGGGCCUGGUUCCGUCGCUAUUGUUCGGCUGUACGAGUAGCACAGUCACUGAUCCGACGAGUCACACUUCCUCCUACCUUCACCCUGGAAGUUCGCAAAAAACUGAUCGAAAUAGCCUCGCCUGCGGCAAAUCCAACGCUGCAAAACACAAGCACCAAUAGUUUAACGAGCAGCAAUUGUUCCUUGAUUCAGCACACGUCCAGCACGUCGAAUCUCAGCCAACAGGGAUUCGAUUCGAGUGGUUCCCUGCACGGAAGCGAAAUUGAGUCGAUUGACACCUCUAAAUAUCUGCAUGAAGAUCACACCUAUUUCACACCGCAGUACGAUUCGCAACUGUUGCAGUGGUUUAACCGACGACCGGAAGAUUGGGCAUUUUCCUGGGGUGGAGCCAGUACGAUCUUCGGAUGGGGACACAACCACCGAGGUCAGUUGGGAGGGCUGGAUGGGAGUCGCAUAAAGAUACCGACUCCGUGCGAAGCAUUGAGUUUACUGAGACCGAUCCAGAUAGCCGGUGGAGAGCAGACCCUGUACGCGGUCACUCCGGAUGGAAAGUUAUAUGCGACCGGGUAUGGAGCCGGCGGUCGUUUGGGUAUAGGAGGAACGGAUUCCGUAUCGACGCCAACGCUGGUUGAAUCGUUGCAGCAUGUAAUUAUUAAGAAGGUGGCUGUCAAUUCGGGAGGAAAGCACUGCUUGGCGCUGUCCUCGGAUGGGGAAGUGUUUUCGUGGGGUGAAGGCGAGGAUGGAAAGUUGGGUCAUGGAAAUCGUGAUAGUUACGAUCGGCCGAAGUUGAUUGAAGCGCUGUCCGGAAUUGGGGUCAUUGAUAUUGCUUGUGGAAGUGCUCAUUCUGCGUGCAUUACUUCUCAAGGUCACGUUCUGACUUGGGGUAAGGGACGGUAUGGACGAUUGGGACACGGUGACUCUGAAGAUCAGCUGCAGCCAAAGCUGGUGGAAGCAUUGCUGGGAUAUCGAGCGAUCGAUAUAGCGUGCGGUUCAGGAGAUGCACAGACGCUUUGUAUUACGGAUGAUGAUAACGUUUGGAGUUGGGGUGAUGGAGACUAUGGUAAGCUUGGUAGGGGAGGAUCCGAUGGUUGUAAGAUUCCAAUGAAAAUUGAAAGCCUUGCUGGACUUGGAGUUGUGAAGGUGGAGUGCGGAUCACAGUUUUCCGUUGCGCUGACACGCUCGGGUAGCAUUUAUACCUGGGGAAAAGGAGAUUAUCAUCGGCUUGGCCAUGGCAAUACCGAUCACGUGCGUCGUCCGAAGAAAGUGGCUGCUCUGCAAGGAAAGAAAAUCAUCUCGAUCGCAACAGGUUCGCUUCACUGCGUAGCUUGUAGCGAUUCGGGAGAAGUUUUCACCUGGGGGGAUAAUGACGAAGGACAGCUAGGUGAUGGUACGGUUACGGCUAUUCAACGGCCCCGACUCGUUCAAUCACUGCAGGGCAAACACAUUGUGAAGGUAAUCUGUGGUUCCGCCCAUACACUAGCGCUGUCGACAUAUCAGCUUAGCGAAGCCGUCCGACCUCCGCCAUCUCCACCACUGGAGUAUGAUCUCGUCCGGGACAUUGCCCCGGAAGUUCUGCACGCUCGACUAGUGCUGUUGCAUCAUUUCUCCGAGUUGAUCUGUCCUUGCCUGGCUAUGCUGCCGAUUUCUGGUGAACUAUCGCUCGGAUCAUUGAAGGAUAUUCUAGUAUAUUCGAUCAAGGAAGCUGGUUUCCGAAAGGUCAUUCAAACAACCAUGGUCCGUGAUAAACCACACGGUCCGGUAAUUGAGCUGAACCGAAUUCAAGUUAAGCGAUCCCGGAUGCGAUCGGGCAAUGGACUUGCUGGAGUCGAUGGAAUGAAGAGUGUAUUCGGCCAGAUGGUGCAGAAACUUCCCCUACUAACGCAGGAAGCCCUCUCGAUGCCACAUCGCGUUUGGAAGGUAAAAUUCGUUGGUGAAAGCGUGGAUGAUUGUGGCGGAGGUUUUAGCGAAUCCAUAGCGGAAAUGUGUGACGAGCUGCAGAACGGCAGUGUACCACUGUUGAUUCAAACUCCGAACGGUCGUGGCGAGGCUGGUGCAAACCGGGACUGUUUCCUGCUUGACCCGACGCUCAAUUCGGUGUUACAUAUGAAUAUGCUCAGAUUCCUGGGAGUGCUGAUGGGAAUCGCUGUGCGCACCGGAUCGCCGCUAAGUUUAAAUUUGGCCGAGCCGGUGUGGCGUCAGCUUUGCGGAGAAACUCUGCGUCCUUCAGAUUUGACAGAAGUGGAUCGAGACUACAUCACUGGACUGCUUUACAUUCGCGAUAUCGAGGACGAUCCGAAAGCAUUCGCCUCGAUGGAGUUGCCCUUUUCUACGCCAUCGGCCAAAGGUCACGAAGUUCCAUUAUCAACUAGAUUCACCAAAAUAACGCCCGAUAACCGGAAGGAGUAUGUAAAACUAGCGUUGCACUAUCGCAUCCACGAAUUUGACGAGCAGGUGAAGGCCGUCCGUGACGGUAUGUCGAAAGUUAUUCCCGUGCCGCUGCUAUCGUUGUUUUCCGCUGUCGAACUACAGGCAAUGGUGUGCGGUUCGCCGGAUAUUCCUCUUUGCUUGCUGAAAACCGUGGCCACCUACAAAGGAGUAGAAUCAACAGCUUCGUUAGUCCAGUGGUUCUGGGAAGUAAUGGAAGAGUUUACCAAUCAGGAACGGUCACUGUUUCUUCGUUUCGUUUGGGGCCGCACUCGGUUGCCGCGGACAAUUGCCGAUUUCCGCGGGCGAGAUUUCGUUCUGCAGGUGCUGGAUAAAUACAAUCCACCGGAUCAUUUCCUACCGGAAAGCUACACCUGUUUCUUCCUGCUAAAGAUGCCGAGAUAUUCAUGCAAGGCUGUGCUCCAAGAAAAGCUCAAGUAUGCCAUCUACUUCUGCAAGAGCAUCGAUACGGAUGAAUACGCACGGGUAGCCAUGGGCGACCCUACGGAAGCUACUGGCAGCGAGGAUAACAGUGACAUUGAAUCGAUUGCUUAGAUAAAAUCGUGCCUCUGCGAGAGCUUAUACGACUGAUCAUUUUACAAUCCAAUAACCAAAAAUAACUGAAUAGAAAACGAAUGGCAAUUGUCUAUUUUUCUGAGCAUUGUGAGCUUUUUUUCGAAAACACCGCAAAUGGUUUAAAAAAAACCUACAUACUAAUCCGACUUUAUCCACUAAAAAGCAAACGCAACGCACUCUCGCUUUCAAAGCUGUCGAAUCAUUAUGCUUAGCUGGAGGUUUUCUUUCGAAUUUAAACCGCCCCCUGAAUUGUUUUUGUUGAAUUAUGCCACCCACCAUUUUUUCAUAUAGUUGAAAAACAAAAACUGUUCUCAAUAUAGGUACUGAUAAAACGAAUAAAUGUUUUUAUUUAUGAAGAUUAUGAUCAAACACACACAGCACUAAAAUCAAACGACUUUUUUCUCAUGGAAAGUUUUUUAUAUUUUCAAAUAAAUGUUAGCGUUUGGCAGGUAAAUAAAUUGAAGGAAAACCCCUAUCUUUGAAACAAUCAAAUCAUCUCGGAGGUGUGCGUUCAGAUUAAACAGCGUAUCCUGUAGGGACUUUAAACAGACAUUUGAAGUAUACUCCAACAUAAAAACGGAAACCCAUUUUAAACGUUAACACUAUGGAAAAAGAAGCAAAUCUUAGGUUCGACCCAGUUUUUCUUGGUUAUGUUAUGAAUCUUGCUUUUUGCACUCGAGCGCACCUUGAAACAUAAAACUGAUGCAACAGUUUAAAAUAGUAAAUAAAAUUUAAAGAAACGUUUGAAAAAUGCACCGAUAUCCAUAUACCAAAAUAAAGCAGCCAUUUCUGUUCUAAAUUUGUAGUUGUAGUUUGCACAUAGAUUGAGCAAGUUGAAUCCACAAAUAGUGUAGAUAAAAAACAAACAAAAAAAACAUUAGAAGCUGCGGACUCAUUCGUCACACAGUGAUCUUUAUUUGCAGAACUCGUUGUUGAAACAAAACCGUAGCAGUUAAAUAUCCACUAUCUACUCUAUCAUAGUAUACUUAUAUAGAACGUUAUUUCUACAAAAAAAACACGCAUAUAAUGGCGAACGAGAAAAAAAUAAAAACUAAACGACAACCAAUCAUCCUACUUCUAUUGGUAAAGUUACUGGCAGCCGUAGUUGUAUCUGACAUCGUAGAUCGAAUUGAAUUGCUAAAAACGACUGCUAGAGUCAUAGUCAUCAUGGUAGGAAAGUUGCUUUUAGAAGUCAAUACAUGGAGAAAAAAAAAUCGACUGCCAUUCAAACAGCAGUAGCUAAUAGUUGGUUGUUAGCAGGCAGUCUAACUAAACAUGUUUACUAAACACGUACACAUAAAAAUACACGUGAGUCCUACUGGCCGCCGCCCGAACGGCAAUCAUUGUGAAACUAACUGGUAGCACUUUUGUAGCUUCUGCUAAGAUAUUUAUUUAGAUCUUAAACUAAUUCAGCUAAAUUAUUGAAACUAUGGAGAAAAAAAACGAUAAUGAAACACCCUUCGUUAGACUGAACUUAGAUUCAUGUUAAUUUUCAACUUGUGCCGCCCGCAUAUCAUCGGUUCUAGUUUGUAGUCUAACUAUCUAUCGAUUAAUUAUUACCAAUAAUAGUUUGUGGAGCCAACCUAACUAGCUAAACUGACUAGCCUGAAGGGUAGAUGUAAGUGCUUGUGCCGUUAAGCCGCGUCUGCGCAUCAGUAUUGUUCCUUAUUCCGCGGUGCAAAUCAUCGCUGAAGUGUCGUUGUUUAGUAUCGCCACCCCUCUUUUAUGGACUAACUUGAAACCAAACCACAACCAAACUCCCAAACGAAAAUCACCUUUAUUGAAAAAAAAACUCACGGAUUUUUUCCUUUGCGCAAGCGCCUGGCAGUGUAACAUAGAAAACCUAGUUUCUCUUUUGUUUUUUUUACAAUUCUGUGAUGCUUUUUACGUUCAAAUAUCCUUGAAAUAAACACACGAAACACAAAC